GCCGGCGCGGCCGUUGCCGGAUGUGACAGUGUCAGGAGGGUCUUCCGCCCUGAGGCUGCGAGGCUGGCCGGACGUGGGGUUGCCCGUUGUUUCUAGAAAGGAGGAAGAUGGAAAGUAAUGCUGUUCUUUUAGAAUCGAAAUCCUCACCCAUCAACCUUCUGAACGAAAUGCACCAGCUGCGUCUCCUGGGCCACCUUUGCGAUGUGACUGUGAGUGUGGAGUAUCAAGGUGUCAGGGCCGAGUUUGUCGCUCACAAGGCUGUGCUGGCAGCAACAAGCAAGUUUUUCAAAGAGGUGUUUCUGAACGAAAAGGGCGUGGAAGGACCAAGGACGAACGUUUUCUUGAAUGAGGUCCAGGUAGCUGACUUUGCGUCUUUUCUUGAGUUUGUCUAUACUGCUAGGGUGGAAGUCGAAGAAGAUCGGGUGCAGCGUAUGCUGGAAAUGGCCGAGAAGCUCAAGUGCUUGGAUUUGUCCGAAACCUGCUUUCAGCUGAAGAAGCAGAUGCUCGAAUCAGUGUUGUUGGAACUGCAGAACUUUUCCGAGUCACAAGAUACUGAAGAGGACAGCGGAGCCCAACCGAGCAGUUUACUUGAGCCCAAAGUGAUUCUCGAAGCGCCGAGUGACAGCACGGACUAUAUUGUGAACUCACCCCUUGGACGGCCUAGGGAUAGAGAAGGCCUCGAGGCACCCACUGCAAAGCUAAAGGAGAAAUUAGAUCAGAAAAAAGAAGCCCCAAAGACUCCCUGUGCCAAAAUCAGGAGGGCCAGUGGAAGGCUGGCCGGCAGAAAAGUGUUUGUGGAAAUACCCAAGAAAAAAUACACCAGGCGCCUACGAGAACAGCAAAAGUAUGCUGAGGCUGCUGCCGAGGCAAGCCAGCUGUCCAAAGACCACACCAUGCAGGAGGAAGUGGGGGAAGAGGAGGAGGAGGAGGAGGGCGAGAGAGUGGCAGGCAGCGUGAAGCCCGAAAACAAAGGGUGCAACAGCCCUGAUGAAUUGGAGGCAAACUCGAACAGAUCUGAGGAGGAUAAAAAGAACCGCGGUGGCAACUUUACGUGCAGCACCUGUGAGCGGGAGUUCCUGUAUGAGAAGAGUUUCCUGAAGCACAUAAGGCACAGCCACGGCAUCGCAGCCGAGAUCGUUUACCGCUGCGAAACCUGCGGCCAGACUUUUGCCAACCGGUGCAACCUCAAAAGCCACCAGCGCCACGUCCACAGCAGCGAGCGCCACUUCCCUUGCGAGCUCUGUGGUAAGAAGUUCAAGAGGAAGAAGGACGUCAAGCGGCACAUUCUGCAGGUUCAUGAGGGUGGUGGGGAGCGUCAUCACUGCCUCCAGUGUGGAAAGGGGUUGAGCUCCAAAACGGCCCUGAGGCUUCAUGAAAGGACACACACGGGCGACAAGCCUUAUGGGUGCACAGAGUGUGAGGCUAAGUUUUCUCAGCCUUCGGCACUUAAAACACACAUGAGAAUCCACACUGGUGAAAAGCCUUUUGUUUGUAGUGAUUGCGGAGCAAGGUUCACACAGAAUCACAUGCUUAUAUAUCAUAAAAGAUGCCAUACAGGGGAACGGCCUUUCAUGUGUGAAACGUGCGGGAAGAGUUUUGCCUCAAAGGAGUAUUUGAAGCACCACAAUCGGAUCCAUACGGGGUCCAAGCCUUUUAAAUGUGAAGUUUGUUUCCGAACAUUUGCACAGAGGAAUUCACUGUAUCAGCACAUUAAAGUUCAUACAGGUGAGCGUCCUUACUGCUGUGAUCAGUGUGGCAAACAGUUCACACAGCUCAAUGCCCUGCAACGCCAUCAUCGGAUUCACACGGGGGAGAAGCCGUUCAUGUGCAACGCUUGCGGUCGGACAUUUACGGACAAAUCCACUCUCCGGCGACAUACUUCGAUUCACGAUAAAAACACACCUUGGAAGUCUUUCCUUGUUGUUGUUGGAGCCUCCAAGAACGACGAGGAUCAUAAGACGGAGCUUCCUGAUGAAGAAUACGAUGCGGCUCGUUCUAAAAUACCAGAGAAGCUGCUGUCUUUCCCUGAAAAUGGCCACUAUCAGAGCCUGACUGCCAUCCAAGGGAACGUAACUGCUCUGCACGAAAACGGAUCUUCCACAGUAACAGACUGCAAAUCGGCAGGGCCCCAGGAAGCCCCACUGGGUACUACUUUGCAUGAUCUCACAGUCCUGCACACCCAGACAGACUCUCUUCAGCCACCUCUUCACACUUUAGUGAAUAUGGAAUAGCAUCUUCUCAGCAGAAAAUCCCAGCCAAGGAUACAUCUCAUCUUGUAGACUCUGCUACCACCCAUGGUCUGCAAAUUAAGGCUUACAAUGGAUGUUCUAAACACUCUGGAACCAAACCAAGAUUCUGGAAUUGUCUCUUAGCUGAAGAGUUGUAUCUACUAAUUCUUCAGAAGACAAUUAUUCUGUCUGUCUUGUCGAUAUAUUUUAAAGUAGGUCUCAGAUUCCACACAAAGCUGGGAGAAAAAUAAAAGGGUUAUCCAUUGUUCUAAUUCAUAUUCCUUAUCCUUGGCACAGUGGUUUCUUGGCUAUGGAUAGAAAGAGGGUUUGUUCCAGCGAUCCCCUUUGAAAGGAGAAUAAUUGUUGAUUAACAUUGGUUUUGCAUUUGUAUGCAAAUAAAAUGUGAAAUAUUAUAGCACAGUCUUUCUCUGGGGACCCAAAAUUCCAUGUGAUUUGAGUAUCACUUUUGUAUUAAGCAAGAAACAACCCACUUCAUUAAAUCGGUGGUAUGAAUUUCUAAAGUUGUUCUUCGAAAGACAGCUGGUUACUUUUGGAAAACUUGCGGAAGAAGGGGGGGCGGUGCCCAGGAGACAAAGCUGCAUUGCCCCAGUGAAGUUCGUUUGGAUGCUUUGCUGCCAGGGUUGAUUAUUUCAGUAAUUUUACGAGGAUUUCUGAGUCAUGUUGUUUAAUUCUGUUCAGAACGGGUAGGGUAAUUUUACAAGCAUUUGACUGUAUAUCUGAGCGUUCCUCUAAAGUACUUGGCUCACUACGCACAUUGCUCCUGCCCUCUGCAGUCUUUUCCUUGUCACCACCAUUCUUCUGGCAGAAUUGUGAGCUCUUAGCAAUCGUGUCUUUCCUGCCACUGUCCUAAGUUGUCACCUGUGCUGGUGAACAAAAGAGGACAUUCACAGGCAAUGGGCUGGAUCCGUACUAAAUUUUCAAUCAGUGGAAUAGAAUUUUUCUGCUUUCCCUCUCCACUACAUCCCACUGAUCGCCACAAAAUGCUGUUGUGGAGGUGGGGGACCGAUGGAAACUACCAAUCUAAUCUGGAUCCAACCCAGUUUGCUUCUGAACUGUUCUUUGUUCUAUAAAUAUAGUUUUGAAACUCUUCUCUCCUCAGUUCCUCCACGUCUAGAGGUCAGGCACACGGCCACGAGAUGGACCAUUCUGCAUGAUUUUGUUGACGGUCUAGCUGUAGAGUUUGGCAAAAACUAUCAAACUCAGUUGAGAGACCAAUGCAUCUUGAAAUAAGUGUUUGCAGUUCCAAGCUAAACUGAAUUAAUACUGUUUUAUAAAAUUAACACAGAUAUUCUCAAUUCAGAUUUCUGGCAGCUUCCUGAAAUUUUCUAGAUUCUCUUGUUUUAUCUUUGCUAACAUUUCUACCAAAGGCUACAUAAUCUCUUGGGGAAUUCACAUCACAGCCAUGACUGACAGUCCAGAUAACGGCUAUCCAGAAGAUACAGCGAUUGACGUCUCCCGUUAAAAUCUCCAAAAGUUUUUCAAGGAAAUGAGGCCAUGUAAUACAAUCAAGGCAACCAUGCAAGUUAAGGUUAACCAUGCAAAUUCCACAAUCUCUCAUGAACGUUUUUUUUCCCCUCAUUGGAAGCAUUAUGGGAGCGAAGGAUUAUUUUGUAUUUGCUAUAAAUAUAACUAUACUGUGCCUUUUUAUUUUUAAAUUCAGAAAAAGUUGGAAGUGCCAAAUCAAAAGCAUGCUGAGGUCUGACUUUCCCAUUUAUUCCAACCGGACUUCAGUUUGCUAGUAUAAUUAAGAGCAAUCCCUUCCUUAUGAUAUACACACACCAUGUAAGUAUUGCUCCUAAGAGUUUGUUGGGGCUUUCAACUGGCUAUCCUUGAUGCCUGAAUAUAGACUCUGAUGUAAACUCAGUGUUUGGCUGGGACUGAGACAAUGCUGUAACAGAAGGGAAGAUGUUAAAACACAACGAGAAUGUUAACAUAGCCCCUUUUAAGCAUACUGUUGUUUCCUUCUGCCUUUGCUACAGUACCGAAGACCUAAGCUGCUUUUGCUUUUCCAUAAUGCUGCAAACUCCACCACCACCCCUCCUGUUUAGGGGGCUUUUUCUUUGUUCUCUGUUGAAUAAAUGGUUUUGAUAAACUCGUGCUUAACUAAACAGGGCCCUUGUAAAAGUCACAACGGGGCCUUGCUUUCCCCUGCUCCUGCUGACUUCAGUGGCUAAUCAUGUCCUAACUGAGACAGAAACUAUUGAUGGAGUAAUGCCAUCUCCAAUGGCAUUAUGUUUACAGGGUCCAGGCCAAGUCACUUUCUCAAGUCCAUGGUGAGUUGUGUUUCGUUUAAUACAACAAGCUUGAGAUCUCUUAAUCGUUCAGUGUUAAAUUGCCUCUCUAGAUGAUCUGGCCCUUGAGUUUUUGCUUUUUGUCACACACACCCCCUUAAAGUUGAAAUCACUUAGGAAAAACCCCCAGCCAACCCCAAGCAGCACAAUGCUCUAAACAUCUACUCUUUUAUUCGCUGAAAGGAAAAGCAAUAAAAGACGGACAGUAUGAGGGUUUGUUUUGCUUUUGGGAAGCCCUUUUAGUCCUUAUUUUUGUUAAAUUCAUUAAAAGGGACCUUUUAAGAAAAAAGCGGACUUCCAAGAGGUUAUAUUUAAAAAUAUUUAUUUUAUUAGCCAUGUGCUCCUUUUUUUGACUAUGGACUUUUAAUGACCGAUCGCAAAGAAUUUGUAGCGAGUAUUUAAAUCUUUUAUUGUUAGUAUUUUAAGAUAGGGAAAUUUUUUUGUACUUCAUGAAGGUGUGGA